AUGAAGAAAACGGAAAACACGUCUCUUAUAUGGGGACGAGAAGGAACAUCUCUUAAAUGGCCACGUCAACUCAUCUCCUUCUCCUCUUCCUCAUCACCACCAUCUCAUUCCUCACUUCCACCGCUUAUCCUCCGUCACAGACGCCGCAAGAUCACCUCCAAGCCGGCAGAAUCAUUGAAGCGAUGA